GGACUUGCGGGCUGUGGAAGCCGCACCCUGUCGGGCGGGGGCCGCUCGGUGCCUGAGGGGGCGGUGGGAGCGGCGGGAGGCGGGGACCGAGACAGCGACAGCCUCGUCAGGGGACCGGCCGCCGCGGCCCCUUCGGUCCUGCCCGUUCUCGUCUGUCCUCGGGUUCCUUAAAAUUGUGCUAUGAAUGGUGAUUCUGGCGUGGGGGUGGUGACUUCACCACCUCCAACAACAGCCCCUCAUAAGGAGAGGUAUUUUGAUCGAGUUGAUGAAAAUAACCCAGAAUAUUUGAGAGAGAGAAAUAUGGCACCUGACCUUCGCCAGGAUUUUAACAUGAUGGAACAGAAGAAGAGAGUCUCCAUGAUUCUUCAGAGCCCAGCCUUCUGUGAAGAAUUGGAAUCCAUGAUCCAGGAACAGUUCAAGAAGGGGAAGAACCCCACAGGUUUAUUGGCUUUGCAGCAGAUUGCAGAUUUCAUGACAACGCACGUUCCAAAUGUCUACCCUGCAGCACCUCAAGGUGGAAUGGCUGCGUUAAACAUGAGUCUUGGCAUGGUAACACCAGUAAAUGAUCUGAGAGGAUCUGAUUCCAUUGCUUAUGAAAAAGGGGAGAAGUUGUUACGAUGCAAAUUGGCAGCUUUCUACAGAUUAGCAGAUCUCUUUGGCUGGUCUCAGCUUAUUUACAAUCAUAUAACAGCCAGAGUCAACUCUGAGCAAGAGCAUUUCCUUAUUGUACCUUUUGGACUCCUCUAUAGUGAAGUCACUGCAUCUAGUCUGGUUAAAAUCAAUAUUCAGGGAGAUGUGGUUGAUCGUGGAAGCACUAACCUGGGAGUAAACCAAGCUGGUUUUACGUUGCACUCGGCAAUUUAUGCAGCUCGACCUGAUGUGAAAUGCAUUGUCCACAUCCACACACCCGCAGGAGCAGCGGUUUCUGCAAUGAAGUGUGGUCUCUUGCCAAUUUCACCUGAAGCACUUUCUCUAGGGGAAGUAGCUUAUCAUGACUACCAUGGUAUUUUAGUGGAUGAUGAAGAAAAGGUGGUUAUUCAGAAAAAUUUGGGUCCUAAAAGCAAGGUCCUUAUUCUCAGAAACCAUGGCUUAGUAUCAGUUGGAGAGACUGUUGAGGAGGCUUUCUACUAUAUUCAUAACCUAGUGCUUGCCUGUGAGAUACAAGUCCGUACCCUGGCCAGUGCAGGUGGCCCUGACAACUUAGUGCUUCUUGAUCCUGGCAAGUACAAAGCCAAGUCUCGGUCCCCUGAGUCUCCAGCAGGUGAGGGGACUGUGUCCCAUCCCAAAUGGCAGAUUGGUGAGCAGGAGUUCGAAGCUCUUAUGAGAAUGCUGGAUAAUCUGGGUUACAGAACCGGCUACCCGUAUCGAUGCCCUGCUCUGAGAGAGAAAUCUAAAAAGUACAGCGAUGUUGAGAUUCCAGCUAGUGUCACAGGUUACUCCUUUACUAGUGACGGCGAAUCAGGCAUUUCCUCCCCCCUCAGACACAGUUUUCAGAAACAGCAGCGAGAGAAGACAAGGUGGCUGAACUCUGGCCGAGGGGAUGAUGCUUCUGAAGAAGGGCAGAAUGGCAGCAGUCCCAAGUCGAAGACUAAGGUGUGGACGAACAUUACACACGAUCACGUGAAACCCUUGCUGCAGUCUCUCUCGUCCGGUGUCUGCGUGCCAAGCUGUAUUACCAACUGCUUGUGGACUAAAGAGGAUGGACAUAGAACUGCCACCUCUGCUGUCCCUAAUCUGUUUGUUCCAUUGAACACCAAUCCAAAGGAGGUCCAAGAAAUGAGGAAUAAGAUCCGAGAGCAAAAUUUGCAGGAUAUUAAAACAGCAGGCCCUCAGUCACAGGUUCUUUCUGGGGUGGUUGUGGACAGGAGCCUUGUACAGGGAGAAUUGGUGACUGCAUCAAAGGCAAUAAUUGAGAAAGAAUAUCAACCCAAAGUCAUAGUGAGUACAACAGGACCAAAUCCCUUCAAUAAACUCACUGAUCGAGAACUGGAAGAAUAUCGCAAAGAAGUAGAAAGAAAGCAGAAGGGACCAGAAGAGCCUUCAGAAGAUGGCAGGCCACAGAAAGAGAAAAGCCCCCCUGACCCCAGUUCAGCUCGCACUCCUCCCAGCACGCCGAUUAAGAUAGAGGAAGAGACACGGCAGGACCAGACCUACAGAGAUGACAGUGAUGCUGCAACCUUCAAGCAAACCCUCCCAGAUCUCACCCCCGAUGAGCCUUCGGAAGCACUCGGCUUCCCUCCCUUAGGGAAGGAGGAAGGGAGAUGUGAUCAUGAUGUGCCCAAAAGCCAAACGGAACCACCUGCAGUGGAAAAUAAAGAACCCCAGUCCCAACCCACUGAAGAGCCAGCAACACCAACAGCUGAGGAGGGGACAGCAGCUGAUGCAGGUAGUGAUGAAUCUCCAGGGAAGUCCCCAUCAAAAAGAAAAGAAGUUCCGCACUCCUUCCUUCCUGAAGAAGAGCAAAAAGAAGAGUGACUCCUAAAGGCCAACCCACUGCAGAAACACUGUCAUAUUUUAAAAUCCAUUAACCACUAGAAUGUACCAGAUCGUACUGAGUGUUUUGUCUUACUAUGUAAAUGAAUGCCACAAUUAAUCCAACCAGCCCCUCAAGUUAUGGCUUGAUCGUUUAGGGUUAUAACCAGAAACUCGUGUCCAAAAAGGUGCUAAUCCUGUGUGUUCAGCAGCUGCUACAGAUCUGAUCCCUAGUUUGUAAUCAAGUGUAAAUGACUUCCAUGUGGAAGGCAUUGAUUCACUAUUUUUAAUUUAAAGCCUGCACUGCUUUGCAAAAGAAUAUAAAAAAUGCACAAUUAAAAAUAAAACACCCAUUGCUUACCACAAGAAAUGUUCUUUCCAAUAUUCUGUUCCAAGUCACAGGUAAAUUUCUUAAAUUUUGAAUUUUAGAGAGGAUGCUUUUGCAGUGGUGUUCUCGAGGGGGGUGAGUUCUUGAACUGACAUGUAAACUUCUGCAAGCUUGUGAGUACAGGUUGUGGUUUGGCCAAGCUUUGAGGCUCUCCAUUGCUUCCUCUCUUUCUCCCUUCUCACUGUUGUUACGAAAUGGAGCUGUUUUUCACUUUGUUUUAUUUUAUAACUGGCUGGUGAAACCAGUCUUUGUCUAGGACUGAAAUGUCCGUGGUGUGUUCCGUUCAUGUUGUGUGUUCAAAGAGCCCAAUCUUGGCCUGUUUCUUUUCUUUCUAGUGAAUUACAGUUUAAGGGAAAUCUGUCUUUGCUCUUGCCUCACUGAGUCAUGUGGUGAUUUGGGUGUUAGAAAAGGUUAAAAAGUAACUGAAGUAAAAGCUGGUGGUGUGGAGCACGGGCAGGUGUGUUUUGGGCCUUAGCACAGUGGUUUUUCAUUCUCUAAAAAAUCCCUUUGUUGCACAUGCAGCCUUGCUGUGCAUGAACCCCAUGUGCAGCUUUUUGUGUUUGUUCCUUCCCACUGACAAAAAUGCAUUACACUGAGUAUUUCACCUUGUUUUAUAGUAAUUAUAUUUUCACUUACAAAAGCUGGCGUUUCUUUAAAUCUUUUUGUUGUUGUUGCCAGCGGUCAAGUGCAGAAAUCCCGUGUAACCUUAAGGUGUAUUUUCACCGUUUGCUAUAAAUGUUUGUUUAAUGUGCAGCAUGGCAAAUCACUCUCGCCACUGAGUUCCCUAUUUCCCACUUGUUGCCAUGCUUGUGUCUCUCACUAAUUAUAAAAGUAGUUUAAGAUCAGGCAGGUCAAGCUUGUGGAAUUCUCUGGAAAGCGGGCGCCGUUCCCCGGCCCAGGGCUGGUGGGGCAGUGACCAGUCUGGUUUCUAGACUUUGCAUUUUGGGUUUAACAGCAGCAAACCCCAACACCCCCUCGGGGUGAGGGCAACACACUGACUCACAGUAAGUGUCUGUAACACAACAGAACAUGGAUGUAACCUUUUAGGACAAUAUUAAAUGUUGCAAUUGGUAAACUAGCAGAGAACUAAUGCCUUACAUUGAUGCAGCAGAAAGCGCGGAGGGCCGGCUGGGUGGAGCGGCUCUGGGCGGGCAGAGCGGGGCCCGUGCCGGGCUGGGAGGUGCCGAUGCCUCGGGCUGGUUUUGAGCGGUGAAGGGGAACAGCUGGAAGUGGAAUUGAGCUGUCAGUGUUCAGGUGAGAACAGAGGGGUCGAGGUGGCCGCUGGGGCCGUGGGAAAGAUGACAGGGCCGGUGUGGGCCAGAGCAGGCGGGCACUGGGCCGGAGCCCCUGGACAGCAGCACUCAGGCAGGACUGCAUGGCACGAAUGGCUUUCAGCUUCUGCUCUAACAUUGUAUGUCCUUGUACACUAGGAAGCAAACAACACUUAUUUUGCUAAAUUGUGUUUUAUUGCAGGGUCGUAACUAAAUGACUAAUUGCUGUAUGUUUCAGUUCUUUACUGAAGUCCCUCCAUUUAUCUUGACCACAUAUGCAAUGACUCUUAAUUUCUAAUUUUGUAGUUUGUUCUUUUAGUUCUUUGUAUUGCAAUAUGAAAUGUAGUCAUGUAUGGUAUGGUUACACACUUUGGGGCAGAAUAAAGUCCUGUAUUUUUCUUUCUUUCUUGUAUCAUUAAGUUCUACUCACAAAUAAAACUCUUGAAAAAAAUCAUAA